UGUUUGCAGCAGAGAAGAAUCGUCAUGUCUGGUCGCGGUAAAGGAGGGAAGGGUCUGGGGGAAAGGCGGCGCCAAGCGCCACAGGAAGGUGCUCCGGGAUAACAUCCAGGGCAUCACCAAACCCGCCAUCCGACGUUUGGGGCCCGCAGAGGGGAGUCAAGCGCAUCUCCGGCCUCAUCCUAUGAGGAGACCCGCGGAGUGCUGAAAGUCUUCCUGGAGAAUGUCAUCCGCGAUGCCGUCACCUACACCGAGCACGCCAAGAGGAAGACCGUCACCGCCAUGGAUGUCGUCUAUGCUCUCAAACGGCAGGGACGCACCCUCUACGGAAUUCGGAGGAUAA